GCAUACACAGGCACAUAUGUAUAUUUGUACAGACCAACAAACACUAACAAUGGUCUCACUAAAUUAACACAAGCACAAUUCGUACUUCCCCUUAUUAAGACCUGAGAAUGUAUCUGUUACCCAUCAACACAUCCAGCACUGGCAAAUCAAAGGGGCAGAUAUCCAGCCCAAUCAACGAUGCUGGAAAAGGAUUAAGCUGUAUAACAUUCUUGUUCCAGCCGCCCGGUUAACUUGGACUGGGUGGCAGCCGCCCCCGCAACCUGGGCCUGGACCCAGAUAAGCGGCAGAUGAUGACAUGACAUGACAUGACAUUCUUGUUCCAUCGGCUUGUAACAGUACUAAAUACUGAGAAGAAAACUUUAUAUGCUCGCUUGAUCUGACAACUAAUGUAUUUUAAAAGUAACUUUUUUUAAUCAAGCAAGCGCUUUGCUUGUGGUAAAUAAUCAUUCUUGGAAUCAUCAUGGAAAAAUGUACCUUGCCAGGAUUACCUAGAGAACCACAGUAUUUCAUGUCCUUAUUGGCCCAUCUCACAGAUAGAAGCUCACAUGUUAGCAGCCAGUUGUGACAUACCAGCUUGGAAAGGCAGCCCCUGUUGCCAUGACGCUCUCAACACCCUAAAAUAGAGAUAGAGAGGGACACUCAAGACAGCAACAACUAGCAGCUGCAUUAUACAUACAGACACCAGACCACAUAAACAGUAGAGCAAAGCCUGACUGAGGCAGUCGGAGUGAAAACACAGAAGAGACGCAUCGUAGAUACAAGACAGAAACAGACACCAGACCAAAGGACAAGUCUUCAAGGUGCUCUGUUAGACCUGACAUCAAAUGGCAGACAUAUAACAGUGGAGCCAAAGCUAAGAACUAGGGAGUCUAGAAGAGACAGAAGCAGACACAUGAAAGCAGAAAUACUUGACUCAACAGGCAAAGACUGAGAGAGUCAAACAUGGCCCAAACCACUACAGAAGAAAUGCCACGGCAUUUCCCAAGACUUUCAAUGGCUGAGGUGGACGAGAAGGUACGUCUCAUAGCCGAGAAAGUUUACGCCUCAGCCCUGAAGGAGGAAGACACCAAGGAUGCUAUGGCACUGUUCACCGUGCCGGAGGACUGUCCCAUUGGUCUGCAUGAGGACAGGGAGAGGGCGCUGAAGAAGGAGCUGGCUGAGCAGCAGUCUCAAGAGUGUGCUAAGAAGAAGAAAACUUUCAUGCUGAAGCGUUCGCAGUCGAUAUCUCUACAGAUACCCAUCAGUAAUGACUGGCCCCUGUCUGUGGUUUCCCCAAUGCUGUCCCCAACCACACCUGAGCCUGAUCUCCCAGAGAGCCUCCCAGACUUCCAGAGAGUUACCAUCAGUGGAGAUUACUGUGCAGGGAUCACAGUUGAGGAUUAUGAGCAGGCAGCCAAGAGUCUCCUUGGAGCACUGUUCAUCAGAGAGAAAUACUCCCGACUGGCCUACCACCGCUUCCCCAGGACCAUUGCCCAAUUCCUCCGCAGUGCUCAAAAUGAGAAGUGGCAGGAGGAGGAUGAGGUCUUGCCAGACAUCUGGCCUUUCCCUCAUGAAGGCGAGGACCCAUACUCCAUGGAGGGUAUUCCUGAGGACCUGAACUAUGAGCUGCAAAUGAAGGACGGCAUAGUUCAUGUUUACGACAAUGCAGAGGCCCUGAAACAGGAGCAACCCCACAGUCUCCCAUACCCCGACCUUGAGACCUUUGCCAUAGACCUGAGCCAUGUCCUCGCUAUGAUAGCUGAUGGCCCAACGAAAACCUACUGUCACAGACGACUGAACUUCUUGGGUUCUAAAUUCUACCUUCAUGAAAUGCUGAAUGAAAUGGCAGAACUAAAAGAGCUUAAAAGUGUUCCACACAGAGACUUCUACAACGUCAGAAAGGUGGACACACAUAUACAUGCUGCUGCUUGCAUGAACCAGAAGCAUUUGCUUAAAUUUAUAAAGACCACAUACCAGACAGAGGCAGAUCGUGUUGUUUUGGAGAAAGGCGGUCGGAAGGUGACACUCAAGGAAGUCUUCGACAACCUCCACAUGGACCCCUAUGACCUCACCGUAGACUCACUGGACGUGCACGCUGGAAGACAAACAUUUCACCGGUUUGACAAGUUCAACUCCAAAUACAACCCCGUGGGAGCCAGCGAACUGCGAGAGAUUUACUUGAAAUCAGACAACUACAUCAAAGGAGAAUACUUCGCGCGGCUCGUCAAGGAAGUGGCUAAGGAGCUGGAGGAGAGCAAGUACCAGCAUGCUGAACCCCGCCUGUCGAUUUACGGCCGCUCUCCCAGUGAGUGGGAGAGCCUGGCAACCUGGUUCAUCCAGCACAAGGUCCACUCACCCAACAUGAGAUGGAUGAUUCAAGUUCCCAGGAUCUAUGACAUUUUCAGGUCAAAGAAAUUAGUACCACAUUUCGCCAAGAUGCUGGAGAACAUAUUCCUCCCCCUCUUUGAAGCGACAGUCAAUCCGCAGAAGCACAAAGCCACACAUGUAUUCUUAAAAUACGUAACAGGAUUUGACAGUGUGGAUGACGAGUCCAAACACAGUGAUCACAUGUUCUCUUACAAAAGCCCAAAGCCUGAGGAGUGGAACACAGACGAAAACCCUCCCUACACCUACUACCUGUUCUACAUGUAUGCCAACAUCAUGGUGCUAAACAACCUGCGCAAGGAGCGAGGACUGAACACCUUCCAGUUUCGUCCCCACUGUGGUGAGGCUGGCUCCAUCACCCACAUGGUCUCUGCCUUCCUCACGGCUGACAACAUCUCCCAUGGACUCAACCUCAAGAAGAGUCCAGUGUUGCAGUACCUGUACUACCUAGCCCAGGUACCGAUUGCCAUGUCCCCACUGAGCAACAACAGCCUGUUCCUGCAGUACUCCAAGAACCCUCUGCGAGAGUUUCUACACAAAGGCCUGUGUGUGUCGCUGUCCACAGAUGACCCCUUGCAGUUCCACUACACCAAGGAAGCUUUGAUGGAGGAGUAUGCCAUCGCAGGCCAGUUGUGGAAGCUGAGCACCUGUGAUUUGUGCGAGAUAGCCAGGAACAGUGUGCUGCAGAGCGGCCUCUCACACCAGGAGAAGAAACACUUCAUUGGUUCCAACUACCUACAGGAUGGACCAGCAGGCAACGACAUUCGGCGGACAAACGUGGCACAAAUCCGCCUGGCCUACCGCCAUGAAACACUGUGCAACGAGCUCAGUUUUCUCGUGGACGCAGUGAAGACAGAGGUUGGAACUAACCUACCUGAGUGAUGAACAAGGCCAGCACAAACUGUGUCUGGAUAUGUCCUAAGGGAUUGAGGGGCAUAGGUUACAAAGCAUAUAGAUUUUUUUUUUUUUUUUUACAUUUUCUUAUAAGUCCUACUGACCCAGAUUUAAAGGGGGUUCAUACUAUUUUCUUACUAUUUUAUGUUGUUCUUGGUAAAGGCAUUUGGAGUGGCCUACCUAAUGUAGAAUUAUAAAAACUUGAUUUUAAGACUAUUGAAAGAUGUAUCUAUGACCUCUGGCAAUCACUAUGUGCCUCAUUUUACUGGGAUAGAGGUUUAUUUUCUUUUGAAGGAUGUUAAGCUUACUGCAUUUUGAACAUUUGAAAACCUGAUUUAGAAUGGACGCAUUUAGAUGCAGGAUAUGGAAUUAAUUCCAUUGAAAAAGUUUCCAAAUUUACAAAAUUCUGACUGCUAGGUGAAUUGUUCGUGUCAUUUUUGCACAUAUGCAUGUUUCAAAACACUUUAUUUAAGACUUGUAAUCCUUAAAAAGUGUAGAAGAAAGAUAGCUUUAAGGCUGCAGUCAGAUUUGCAUUUUCACAAUGAAUUUGUCAAUUACAUGAUUUUGAUGGAAAUGAGUAAGAGGUCAAGCGACUAUUCAGAGAAACAGGUCCAAGUAUAACCAAGCCUAAAAGCUAGUUUUAUGAGAGCACUGAAGUGAAAUCUGUAUCACAAAUCCCUGUUAAACUCACCACCAUGAAAAGACUAAGACUUUCUUUUUUAUGUUUGUCAUUUCUCAUAGUUUUUCAUAUGGAAAAUAAAGACUGCAGAACAGUCAA